UUGUCUUCCAUUCUGAACUCGGGUUCAAACGAACGAGGAACGGCAGCAUGUCGGAUCAAUCUGCUUUUGAUACAGACGUGUGGACGCUCACACGGUUUGUCAUGGAGACGGGGAGACAAACUAAAGGUGCGACUGGAGAACUUACCCAGCUUAUCAACUCUAUUCUAACAGCUAUCAAAGCUAUUUCAUCUGCUGUAAGGAAAGCUGGACUGGCUCACCUUCAGGGCAUCGCUGGGCACAUUAACGUCACCGGCGAUGAGGUGAAGAAGCUGGAUGUGCUGUCCAACGAUCUGGUCAUCAACAUGCUGCAGGCCUCUUACAGCACCUGUGUCCUCGUAUCUGAAGAGAACAAAGACGCCAUUAUAACACCCAAAGAGAAACGAGGUAAAUACGUGGUGUGUUUUGAUCCGCUGGAUGGCUCAUCCAACAUUGACUGCUUGGCACCCAUAGGCACCAUCUUUGGCAUCUACAAGAAGGUUACAGAAGAUGAACCCUCGGAAAAGGAUGCUUUCCAGCCAGGCAAUCAAAUAGUGUGUGCCGGUUAUGCGCUGUACGGCAGUGCCACUGUAGUGGCUCUCAGUACUGGAGCUGGACUCAACUUCUUCAUGUUAGAUCCAGCAAUAGGUGAGUUCAUCCUGACAGAAAGAAAUGUGAAGAUCAAGAAGAAGGGGAAGACCUACAGCAUAAAUGAAGGCUAUGCCAAGUACUUCGAUCCUGCAGUGACUGAGUACAUCAAACACAAGAAAUUUCCUGAGGAUGGCAGUGCUCCAUAUGGCGCCAGAUACGUGGGCUCCAUGGUUUCAGAUGUGCAUCGUACCAUCGCUUAUGGAGGCAUCUUCUUGUACCCUGCCAAUGAAAAGAGCCCUAAAGGAAAGUUGCGGCUGUUGUACGAGUGUAACCCCAUUGCCUUCCUAGUGGAGCAGGCUGGAGGAAUGGCCACCACAGGCACACAGCGAGUCCUGGACGUCAAGCCUGAGGCUGUGCACCAGAAGGCUCCAUUUGUAGUAGGAUCUCCGGAUGAUGUGGAAGAAUACCUGUCCUUUGUCAAAAAAUAUCAGAAAUAGAGUGCUUCCUGUACAUAUUUGUUCCGUUUGCUUCUGUCUAAGCUAAGCUGUUUUACACUGGAUGUGAAUGACAUUUUUUCCCCCAGUAAAUAUGCACCAUGCACAAACGGAGUAUCACCAAUGUGUCAAUUCCAUCACAGGGAAUUUACAUUUUAAUUUGUGGUCUGAAAAGCCCUAGACUCUUAAUAAUCUACAAUUUAAUGUAGUAUUACUUCCUUUUGUUAAUUUUAAAGCACUUUACUAUAGUAGUCCUGUGAGAACAUGUUGAAUCUUAUUCAUGUCCAAAUUAUGUCCUGUUAAAUUUUCAGCAUACAGCGGUAGGCUAUGCUCCUUCUCCCUGCCUCAGCUCUCCAGAAAUGUUGUAGUUGAUGGUUAAUUUCAUUAGCUUGUGAACUCUCCUAUACCUGAAGCUUCAACUGUUAUGUCCAGAUUUAUUGACUUACAAACAUUUUUCAUGUAAUGGGAGUAAUCUACAUUGAUGUAGCAUUUACUAUAUGUUUAAAUAAACUGAUUAAUGUA